AUGUCUCGCAGCAGCAACGACAGCUGUAAUAAAAAUUCUCAGAUUUCACACUCAGCUAUUGAAGGAACAGAUGCUAACCAGCUGCAAUUCGUAACUCCCCAUACGGACGAAAAUAAACAAGGACCUAAUUCAGAUUCUGACGAAACUUUGGACAUACAAACUGAUCGUAAUGAGGACGAUACUUCUCAGUGUCCGAUCUGUCUUCACUCUAUCGUGAAUUUGAGUUACCUGUACCCAUGCUACCAUUGCUACUGCUUUUCGUGUAUACGUCAAUGGUUAACUAUUUGUCUUGAGUGUCCACUCUGCAAAAAAAGUGUGGAUUUCAUAAUAUACGACGUUGAUGAAGCGAAAGGUACAUUUGAAAAGUUACAAGUUCUUCAGGAUAGGAAAAGUGAUAAAAACUGCCAGCCAUGGCUAUCGGAUCAGGCAUGGGAUACCGAGGAUGGCGUAAUCUCAUUGUCAACAUCAGAUUUACAUCAAAGACGAAGAAUUUACACGAACAAUCUAUAUGUUGUAAACUUUCCUGCACACUAUCAUGGAGAUAGAUUGAUACAUAAGAGUGACUUGGUUAGAUUAGAAAACUUUGUUGAACGUGAGUUGAGAGUGUUAAUGGCAAACCACUAUGACGAGUUGAUUAAGCUAUACGUCAUGUCAUUAUUAUUGCUACCGGCUGAGAAAGGAAUGCUAUGGAGUGAGGUUGUGAAGUCAUUGUCUCCUUGGCUUGGAGAGUUUUCUAGAAAGUUUUUGGAGGAAAUUUGGAUAUUUACUGCGAGUGCAAUGAAUUUAGAGAUGUGGGAUAGAACGGCGUUAUAUGGGCAGAAAGAAACUGUUAUAUAG